UCCUCUCAUCAAAUACUCCAUAGUUUCAUCGUGUCUUCAUCUUGACCCACCAUCAUCAUCGUCUUAAUUCAACUUCUCUCCAAUGUUUAGAUGCCGAUGACGGUGUGUUAAGGCAUUAGUUUGUUCGUCUUUUGACUUUUGGGUUUGACUGUAGUUGUAUGACUCUUCUGGAACUACGUUUUGACCCUAGUGAUGCGGUCAAUUGAUGCAUAUUUCUUGAAUUCUGAUGUGAUUGUUGCCUUUCAAGUGGUACCCAUUAUAUUGAACCUCGAUACUCUUAAGAGAUGAUGGGUUUAAUUUUUUUGUUGAUGGGGUUCUUGGAAUCUUGUUAUAAAGUUGAAAUCACAGGCAUCUGAAUUAUGUUGAUUGAACUUCAAUGAUUUCACAAUGAAAAUAAUGAAAAAUAUUGAUCUUGAUGUUAUCUUCAAUGCUUGAUUGGAGUUAGUAUGCUGGAACUGUAGGGAGAUUUGGCUGUUUAGUUUAUGGGUUUUAUGUAUCUGUGAGUUUCCCUUGGUUUUCUGUCUGGAUAGGGGUUUUUCCAUUUUGGGUUUUGAAAGUUUCAGUACUUUGAUUGAAUUUUGGGAGCCAAUAGCAUUUUUUGAGCUUUUAUUUGUUGAGUUUUUGGUUGGCUAUGGAGUAUCUUCCUGUUGAAGUCAUUGGAAACAUACUAUCUCGACUAGGGGCCGCUAGAGAUGUUGUGAUUGCAUCUACAACUUGCCGGAAGUGGCGAGAAGCUUGGCGGGAUCACCUCCACACACUUACAUUCAAUUCCAAUGACUGGCCUGUAUAUCAUGAGAUGACGUCUAGCAGACUUGAGAUUCUUAUUACUCAAACAAUAUUCCAAACCACUGGACUGCAGUCCCUUUCAAUUCUUAUGGAUGAAGUUGAUGAAUUUUCUGCUGCUCCCGUGAUUGCUUGGCUCAUGUAUACCAGAGAAACUUUGCGGCAGUUGUAUUAUACUGUACGGACAACUCCAACCAUCAAUAUCCUUGAAAAAUGUGGUCGGCAGAAGUUGGAAGUGUUUGCGUUGUCUCAUAACACUCUUACCGGUGUUGAUCCCAGUUAUCAGAAAUUUCCCUGCUUGAGAUCUCUUUAUCUGAGUUAUGUCAGUGUCUCAGCAUUGGAUUUGAGUCUUCUGCUCACUGCCUGCCCAAAAAUUGAGGUCUUGAAUCUUAUGAGUCUAGAUAUUGCUAUGUCAGAUACGCAGACGACAAUGUUAUUAAGUAGUCUAUCAUUGAAGGAUAUCUAUGUUGAGGCAAUCAGUUUGGACAAGUUCAUAUUGGAGGCUGAUAGCAUUGAGAGGCUGCAUUUAAAGGACUGUACUCUUGAGGUUUUUGAGCUGGUCGGCAAGGGGACAUUGAGGCUCCUCAAGAUCGACGAUGUUAGUGUUAUCCAUCUGGAUAUAGGUGAGAGCACCGAAAAUCUUGAGGUUGUGGAUGUUAGCAAUUUCACGAUUAUGUGGGCAAAGUUUCAUCAUAUGAUUUCAAGAUCCUCAAAAUUGAGAAGGCUCCGGCUUUGGGGUGUUGUGUUUGAUGACGAGGAUGAGAUGGUGGAUAUGGAGACAAUUUCUGCGUGCUUCCCUUUGUUACGCCGUCUGUCCUUAAGUUACGAUCUAAGAGAAGGAACACUUCAUUAUGGCUUGCAAAGUUCAUUUCAAUUGGCGAAUGUGGUUUUCUUGGAGCUUGGGUGGACAGUGAUUAACGAUCUGUUCACACAUUGGGUUGCAGAACUCUUAGAAAGAUGCCCCAAUCUGAGGAAGUUGGUCAUUUAUGGAGUUGUUUCGGAGGCCAAAACCCAUGAAGAUUUCCAUAUGUUAGCCAAAUUUACCUCAUCCAUUGUGAGGCUCAUGAGGAAGUACUUACAUGUAGAGGUUCAGUUUGAAUAUGAAUAGGAAGUUCUGCUAGAUGCUUGUGUGGGAGUUCAGGUUUUGGUCAAGCAUGGAUUAUUCAAGCAGGACUCAACUACUGUUUCCCACAAAAAUGCAGUAGGGACCUUUCUUCUGUGCUUUAAAUGCAAUCAGUUUUUGGCCUUUUAAAUUUGAGAGAGGUGUCAAGUGCUUGCUACACCAGAAAUAAUGUAGCAAAAGCAAUCAAAAUAGACAGGAAGAUGGAAGUUAAAAAUCAUAGUUCUUUCCCACCACAAAACUUCUCAUAGUAACUCUG